AUGUCUAACUCGGAGGAUCUGUUGACUCUUCAGCCUUUUCAGCCUGGCGUUCCCACAGGCUUCGCUUCGCCAGCAGAUAUCAAGAAUGCCUACGACAGAGCUCGCUUGAUUUGCCAGCGCCAUGGCCUCACCCUUCAGGAUAUCCUCACUCUAUCGCCCAAUUUCUGGAAUUUCCACCUCGACACCAUUCACGCCGUCGCCAACAACUGUUUGGUGCUUCUGACUACCCAUCUGAAUCUCUGUGUCGGAACUUUGGGCACUUACUUGAAGGACAGACCGGAUCUGGCACCACUUAUUGACAAGCUUCUGAAAUUUGAGAUCAAUGGCCAGUAUCUUCUUACCGAAGUUGGCUGGGGAGUCGACGCCGAUGAACUGAAGACAACGGCAACCCUGCAGCCCGAUGGUACUUUCGACCUCCACACUCCCUAUCAACGGGCCGCCAAGUUCAUGUCACCAAACACGCUCGAUGCUGGAAUGCCGCGCGGUGGCAUCGUAUUUGCACGCCUCAUCGUCGACGGAGAAGACAGGGGUGUCCGACCUUUCUGGGUGCUCCUCCACGACAGCGAGAAGAUGGAGGAAGGCGUCAUCUCCUACGCCCUGCCGAAGCGCGCCGGAACCCAAGCCACCGACCACGCCGUAACACUGUUCAACCACAAGCGCCUCCCCAAAGACUCCCUCCUGGGCACCCUAGACAAGCCCGCCGACCCCGUCGCGCACUUCACCAGCAUCGUCGCGCGCGCCAGCAUCGGCACCCUCUCCCUCUCCACCGUCAACGUGCCCUGCCUGAAACUCAGCACCUACAUCGCGGCCAAGUACUCUUCGCGCCGCACCAUCACCGGGCCCGACGGCCGCACCCAACUCCCCAUCCUCGCCUACCGCACCCAACAACGCCCCAUCCUCCACGCCCUCGCCCAAUCCCUCGUCUGGGCCGCCGCGGCGCAGCGCACCACCGCCACCUUCUCCUCGCCGGACACGCCGCUCGCCCUCCGCUCCGCCCUCGCCAUCGCCUUCAAGACGGCCAUCCAGGCCCAGACGCAGGCCACCCUGACCGUCCUCGCCGAGCGCUGCGGCGCCCAGGGCCUGUACGAGCACAACGCCAUCGUGUCCUGCCAGAACCUCAUGCGCGGCAACUCGCUCGCCGAGGGCGACGUCGUCGUCAUCGCCAUCCGCCUCGUCACGGAUCUGCUGCUGCACAGGGACCACCCCCUCCCGCCGCUCGCCUUCCCGGACGCACCGCUGGCGAAGCUCGCGGCGGGACUGCUGGAUGAGGCGCGGGAGGUGUUCGAUGCGCUGCCCGAGGGCGGUGGGGCGAGGGAUGUGACGGAUACAGCGUUCAAUGCAAGGGUGCUGCCGCUGUGUAAGCCUGUGGCCGAGGCGGUGGGGUGGAGCGUCGCGUACGACGCCGCGAGGAGCGCGGGCGUGGCGGAGGAUGUGUUGGCGGUGUUUGAGGCGGGGUGCGUGGGGCAGGCGGAGAGCUGGUUUGUAGAGAAUCUGGGGUGGAAGAGGAGAGGGAUCGCGAAGAGGGAGGAAGAGGCGUUGUCGGCGCUGUAUGAGCGGUUCGAUGAGCUGGUGGAGGGGUUGGGGGUCGAGGCGUAUGCGAGGGUGCCGUUGAUGUCGGAGGAAGCGUGGGAGGCGUUUGUGGAGAGGUUGCCGAGGUUUGGGGGGAAGGGGGUGGGGGAUGAGUAG